GGGCACCGGCUAGUUGAGGUAAUUGAGGUAAUAUAUACAGAGAUAAUAAACAGAGAGUAGCAGCAGCUUAGAAGAGGGGUUUGGGUAGCCCUUUGACUAGCUGUUCAGGAGUCUUAUGGCUUGGGGGUAGAAGCUGUUUUGGACCUAGACUUGGCGCUCCGGUACCGCUUGCCGUGCGGUAGCAGAGAGAACAGUCUAUGACUAGGGUGGCUGGAGUCUUUGACAAUUUUUAGGGCCUUCCUUUCCUGUAGCCUAUGUGGAGAGAUAGGGUUCGGCAUUUUGAAAUAAUGCUUUAAGAUUUACUGAGAGCAUCUGUUCACAUUAGCUUAACCCCAAUUAAGCCUCUUAAAGAGCGACUGCCUUCAAUAAAGCAACAAAUCGUUUUGAAAACUGCCUACGUGGCUUCGAUUAGAGUCAGAAACAGUUAUUCUAGUGUCAAAAUUGACUACAGUGUAAAUAGGAUAAUUUGUGUCAUAAAGUCAGUCUCGUCUUAAAACGGAGUUUGGAACAUCCGUGCGUCACAGCGGGUAAAUGAAAGUUGGGUUUUGAUUUGACGAUGUCCAUUUGCCCACUAUGGGGUGAACCGCUGCGGUGAUUGCUAUAUAUCCAACAGCAUAGACAGUGAGACAGACCUGCCAAGCAGCUCCGACUUUGCUUACAUAAGAUAACAUUUUUUACUUGAGAACUUUGGUACUUAACACCUGAGGUGUAAAAUUGCACAACUAAAACAUCCACGGCAAAAACGGCAAAAUGUAUUAAAGAAUUUCUUAGAUUCAUUCUGGGGAUAUUGAGGAAGUGAAAUAGGCUUCUGUGUCUACAGUGUCUCAUGGGAGACAAACAUCAUUAACCAAGCACAGAAUCAUUUAGGAAACACACCUCCCAAGACGGAAAUCUAGUUUUCCUAAAGAGCAACAGUUUGGAUUCCUUUCAGUUGUUAAAAGAAAAGGAACCUUCCCAUGACGAAUAUCCAGCAUGCCUUUAAAUGUCUAACCUCAUCUAAACCAAUACAGCAUAUGAUCGUAACGUCGGGUAGUAUCACUGUUUUAACCUGGCAAAACAAUCCAUUAUUACCAUAGAAAGAGAAACCUCCCAAAACUAUAAAUACACAUUUGCUCCAUAGCAGGCUGCAGGUCCAUAAGUCUGGGCCUAAGAGUCAGAGGAUGUGGGAGGCCUAUCCAUAAGCAGCUAUAUAGGUUCCCUUCCAUUCAAGCUUGUUUAAACCGUAUGUGGAUUAAAUAUUUGUUUGUUUACUGGCAACUCGUUAUUCAAAUGACCCGUGUGGCCAUGACAGACAGAUUGCAUGCGGCUAAAUGCUGUGCCAUGAUGACAGCACAACGUGUUACUGGGUAUGGCUGAACUGUAGACGCAUUGUCACAUACAGUCUGGUUGGCUUCAGUUGGGGACACUGAUAUACGGUCUGGUUGUGUGGCUGGCUUCACUUGGUUUCUCUCUCUUCAGUUGGUGUGUCUGUCUUCAGUUGCUGUGGCCCUCUCUUCUGUGUGUGAGAGUGUGUGUUCUGUGUCCACAGUACGGCAGAAGUCCCCUGCAUCUGGCCUCCUAUAAGGGCCACACCGAGGUUGUGCGCAUUCUCCUGAAGGCCGACUGCGAUCUGGACAUCCAGGACGAUGCAAGUACCCAGAGACUGUCUGUUUGUACACUGCCUUUCAUUUGCACUGCCCUCUUUCCAUGUUUCCAGCUAGCACCACAGUCAUGGUUGUGAUGAUGGAUUUGUGUGUGGACCAUCGCUUGGUUUUCGCUGGCGUUGCAUUAGUGUCGCUCAACAUCUUCCCAAAUGAACAUCACACCCAUUUAACACCAUGUAAUAUUUGUACAAUCGCACAAACAAACACCAGAAUAUGUAACAUAGACCUUUACGUGUGAACCAGGUCACUUUUUGAAGCGCACAAACGACAUGACAUCUGCAUGGAGAUUCUGAGUCUGGCUGCCUGGUGUGUGUUUUGAUUGAGUAGUUUCUCCUGCGUCCUUUCCAUUUCUCUAAGACUGUCACGCUAGUAGUAUAAUGACCUCCAGUGGCCUCGAGUGGGAUUAUUUGGAUUGCCAGCUUGAGGCAUGCAGCAGACCUCCACGGGUCUCGCCCCCUGGGUGCAGGUCAACCUUCCUCCCUCUCCGCAGUCCCACAGCCACAGAUAAUGGUCCAAAGCUCUGGCGCUCCCAAAUUCUCUCCAUCUGGUCAAUGAGCUCCCGAUCCCGAACGGGCCACAGCGCAUCCUCGGCCACCAACGGGGGGGAGUGGUCACAAGGAGGAGGGAGAGGAGGGGAGAGAGAGAGACGGCAGUGGAGGAAGGCUGCUGGACCUGGGCCUGGGAGAGAGACUGAAAGGUCAGAGAGAGUGAAGAAGGGUGAGCAGACAGCCUUACACCGGGCAGCCGUGGUGGGAAACAGUGAUGUUAUCUCUGCCCUCAUCCAGGAAGGGUGUGCUCUGGACAGACAGGACAAGGACGGUAACACUGCUUUGCAUGAGGUCUCGUGGCACGGCUUCAGCCAGUCUGUCAAACUGCUGGUCAAGGCCGGAGCCAACGUUCACUCAAAAAACAAGGCAGGGAACACAGCCCUCCACCUGGCCUGUCAGAACGGCCACGCUCAGAGCUCCAAGGUCCUGCUGUUAGGUGGCUCCAGGCCCGACAGCAAGAACCAUGUGGGUGACACGUGUCUGCAUGUGGCGGCCCGUUACAACCACGUGUCCAUGCUCCGCAUCCUCCUGGGAGCCUUCUGUUCCGUGGGAGAGAAGAACCAGGCUGGGGACACACCGCUGCAUGUUGCAGCAGCGCUGAAUCAUAAGAAAACGGUGCGUCUUCUGCUAGAGGCUGGAACAGAGAGCAGCAUCCGCAACAACGCAGGCCAGACUGCACUGGACCAGGCCAGAGACCACAACAACCCAGACAUAGCUCUGCUUCUGACCAAAGCACCUCAGGUCCAGAGCUUCACCCGAGGCAGGAUUGUGAGGAAGAGGAGGGAUAAGCUGAAGGCUGAGCGCCGAGCACAGUCUGUGCCCAGGGAUGAGAUGCUCCCCAGCAAGGACAGUGCAUCUGCUGCUGACGACACCCACAGCAGCGACCUCGUCGCCCGCAAACACGAGGUGGUCGAGGCGAGCGCUGGCAAGAGCACAAACAGGAAGCUCAAAGAGAAGCCCUCGCUCUCCGACCCCCUCCGCCGGAGAGAGAACAAACACGGAAAGAAGAGGCGGGGCCAACUGCGUGGCUCCUCCCCCCAGCCCCCGCCUCACAACUACAAGGCCUAUCAGCUGUACACUCUGUACCGCGGCAAGGAUGGCAAGAUCAUGCAGGCACCUAUCAAUGGCUGCCGAUGUGAGCCUUUGAUCAUCAAGCUGGAGAACCAGCUGGAGGCCACCAAGGAGGAGAUGAAGACGGAGAUCCACACGGUGCAGGACCUGAUGAACAACAAGAUGGGACAGUUGGACCGCAAGAACAAACAUCAGAUCCGUGCCCUAGAUAAGAUGACAGUAGAGAGAGUUUCAGCGGAGAGGACAGAGUGCCAACACAGGAUCGACCAGAGGGCCAUGCAGGAGAGACAGGAGGGGGAGAAGAGACAGCAGGCAUCAGUGGUGAGCGAGCUGAGAAACUGGUGCCUGGCCAAGCUCCAGAACAUUGAGGUGCGUGUCACUGGAGACCCCCGCAAUGCCAAGCUGCGUCAGUCCUCUUCCAUGGCUGAAGGCCUGUGUGCGAUGGCCCCUGGGAGCCUCACUGUGUUGCCUGCAGGGGGGCCUGGGUGCAGCGUCGAGUGUCUGGCCCCCCACACCACUGUCCUCACCGAGGGAGACCCCAACUCGGCCGCCACAGAGGACCCCUCAUCCAAACACAACUUUGGGGUUCAGGUGGACAGCUCUCCAGACGGUGGUAAACAUCACAAGCGAGAAAAGAUCUCCUCCCCAACUGCCGCUAAGUCCCUGUCCCCAUCUCCCCAAGUGGUGCGGCCCAAGGAACGCUCGCUGUGUUCUACUGACCCCCGCAGGCCAUACCAGGGACUGCAGGACAUGGCACUGCUGGAUUUGGCGCCGAGCAGAGGCGGCAACAACCAGCGGGCCAGCAGCCUUUCCCCAGCCACCGAGCGCCGCUGCAGCACCAGGCAGGACAAGGACUGCGACAGGGAGAGAGGCAGGGACAAGGGCAAGCAUCACAAGAGGCACUCCCAAGGCAGAACUAAGGCCAAGGGGGCCUCGGUGGGGCAGGCCGAGGGGACUCAGACUCUGGGGGUGUUUGGGGAGAGAGGUGGGGGGGAGGGCUUUGCACAGGAGAGGGAGAACAUGCACGCCCUGGAGGUGACACAGUACUUCUUUGAGGCGGUGUCCACUCAGAUGGAGCACUGGUAUGAGAGGAAGAUCCAGGAGGCCAGAUGGCAGGCGGACCAGAGGGCCCAGGCAGACAGGGCUGCCCUGGUGGAGAGGAUCACCUACCUGGAGGACGAGCUACGCACGCUCAGGACUAACAGGCACGACGACAGCUAACACAGGGACACCACUGCAGAGUAUAGAGCUACACCUUCAGAACAGCAAAAAAAAUCAUCAUCUGAGCUCAUUACAGGCACCCUGGAUCAACUGGACCCACCGACCCAAAAAAUUGUCAUUGACUGAAUUUAGCAGAUGUAAUACUUUUGGUAAAUAAUGUCAUGCAACAGUAGAAAAUAAUCUGUAUAGUAACUUAUUUUAAAGGCAUGUUAUGGCAUGCCAGACUAUUCAGUAUAAUGUGGUCUUGUUAUUCAUUUGUUUUGGGCAGCUCCUGUGUUUGUGCUUUGUAAAAACCCCUAGUAGAUUUACUGAUAGUUAUUUAUAAUGUAUUAUGUCAUGGGGCCAUGACAGAACUGGUACACGCACACACCUGGGCACAAUGUCACGCUGUCAUUAAGUCAACACGCCAAUACUCCAGUGCUUUUUAUCCUGUGAUGAGAAAGCCUGUUAUGUGAACGAUUCUGGAGGUUUGCUUGUGGAAAAUGUGGGUCAUAUUUUUCUUGUGACGUUCUUAAUGUGUAUUCAAUGAGAGAGUAGAGAAAGACAAAACGCAGACAGCGGAAAUAGUUGAGGUAACCAGGAUGCUUAAAAUAUCAGUAGAAUAUGCUACUGCAAGCUUCCAUACAGAUAUGUGACUUACAAGGGUAACAGAACUCAAGAGAAUACAGCCAAACUGGCAAUUUCUUAACUAUUAAGGAAACUUUCGUGUUCAUAACCUUUACUCCAACCCACUAAUGUAUGUUUCUUUAAAUGGUAAAAACCACAACACCCUACCGCUUGUCCUUAGCACUAAAAUGAGGUACUGUUAAGAAGAACCUGUUUGCAUGGUGGAAAGUCUGGUUUUAAUCUUCUGAAACAGACCUGUGCAAACAGUGUAUUAGUUAGUGCUCAUGUGUGACAUUUGUCCUGUUCAGGUGUGAGGUCGUGUACAUUGAUGCCUUUGUUGAUGAUAUGAACACACAUUCUGUGUAGUAAAAUAGAUAUCAAAUUGAUUUUGUAAAAAAAACAACUGUCAUUGUUUUAUGUUCAACAUGUACAUAACAUUUCAUGGAGGGUCCUCUAGGACACAAACAACGUUACAAUAGCCCAACAUGAGACCGAGGGUAUUACGUCAGACAUGAUUGCAAAUGGCAUAUCACACAUGGCUCUCACAGCUUUCCUCAAACGUCAUUUGAAAGCGUCACCACUGCUAGACAUGGACGAUGGCAAUAUGAUAUGGGACUCCUCAUGACAGAUUUCAUAUGGUCCAAAUCACAUUAUGAAUCUGCAACGGAGCUGGUCUAGCCAAAUGCCAAGGUGCUUCCACAAUAAGUGUACUGUCCCAAGUACUGAUUCCAAUGGCUUUCACAGUCCAUUUGAGGCAGCAUAGAAAAUCUUCUGGCGUUCACUUGCAGGAGAAAUCGGUAGAUUUACCUCAGCCAGGUGACAUUACUUCUUCACGUUAGCCAAUGCAAGGGAUGACUGUAGCUCAU